UCUUAUUAUUUUGACCGUGAUGAUGUGGCCCUGAAGAACUUUGCCAAGUACUUCUUGCACCAGUCUCGCGAGGAGCGUGAACAUGCAGAGAAACUCAUGAAGCUGCAGAACAAGAGAGGUGGCCGCAUCUUCUUACAUGAUAUCAAGAAACCGGAUCGUGAUGACUGGGAGAAUGGACUGACAGCCAUGGAGUGUGCUUUGCACUUGGAAAAGAAUGUAAAUCAGUCACUACUGGAUCUACACAAGCUAGCAACUGACAAAAAUGACCCUCACUUAUGUGACUUCAUUGAAACUCACUAUUUGGAUGAACAAGUUAAAUCCAUCAAAGAGCUGGGUGACCACGUGACCAACUUGCGCAAGAUGGGAGCACCAAAAUCUGGAAUGGCAGAAUAUCUUUUUGACAAGCACACUCUGGGAGAAAGUGACAAUGAGAACUAAAAACCACCCAUGAAUGUUGCAAAGAGACUCUUACCCUCAACACUUGUGCAUGCUUCUUUGAUUUAUCUCUUAAUAUUUCCAUAAUUGUAAAAAUUUGCUUCUGUUCUUAAUGUUAUAACUCACACCCAAUAAAAUGAUUAGGUCUACUUA